AUGUCAUCAUCAUCAUAUAUCAAUAAUACACGUCGUCGUUCUACACCUUCGGUUUUCAUUGAUUCCAUUAGUGAAGAAGACAUAAAAUUACUUUUAUCUUCAAAAACUCCAAAUAUUAUUUCAAAACGUCGUGGAUCGGCUGUUUCUAUUAACUCUAUAACAUCAACUACAAGAAGAAGUUCAAUUGUAAUGAUAGAUUCAACCACAAUAAAAUUAUCCAAUAGUAAUAACGAUAGUAAUAAAUCAAUGAUAAAUAAAAUUAAAGCAAAUGCUAAAUUAACGACAACGACAUUAUUAUUACCAAUGGAAAUCAAUGAUUCAUUUCAAGAUUUUACCAAGUUUAACGAUUUUUAUUUUCAAACAUCAUCAACUUCCUCAUCAGAAAUAGAAAAAGAAGGAUUGAAAGCGAUUUUAAAUUCCAAAAUACCAUUAUUUUAUUUCUUGUAUUCAUUAUUGGAAGAAUAUUCGUCAGAAAAUCUAUUUUUUUUCCUAAAAGUUGAACAAUAUGAAUCAAAACAAUAUGAUAACUCAACGCAACAAUUGGUAAUGGCUCAACAAAUUUUUGACACAUAUUUAACAAGAAAUUCACAGUUUGAAGUGAAUAUAGAUGACAGAGUACGUAAAUUAACAAUUGCAGCAAUAAAAUCUGAGCGUGAUUUAAGAUAUUGUUUUCGUGAUGCUAAACAAGCAGUAUUUAUAUUAUUAGAGAGUAGUUUCUGUAGAUUCAUUAGAAGUGAUCUAGCUGAUACUAUGAGGAAAGAAAUUGGCGAACAUACUGCUCAUUAUUCUAAUGAAGCUCGGGAACUUUCUGUUGGUUGGCUAUUUAAAUAUCUAGAAAAACUUGGCCCCAUUGAUUCUCUACCAACAUCACCUACUUUUUCAAUAUCACGUAAGAGAAAUCUAAUGAUAAGAGAUAUGACAUUGGAAUUUAUUAAAAAUUUAUUGGAAAUUAGCAUUGAAGAAUUAUUUUAUUAUGAAUUUCUACAUAAUAAUAAUUCAAAUAAGAAUAAUACCAGUACCAAUACCAAUACCAAUUAUAUAAUAAAUACCAGCAACCAAAAUAAUAUUAGCAAUAACACAUUACAAAAUUAUCUAACACCAGAAAUUGGUAUUAAGAAUUUUCCAAAUAUUAUUAUUGAUAACAGUAACAAUCAAGAAUUUAAUCAAGUUUUUGAUUAUGAGG